CUUUCCCCAAAGUUACCAUCUUCCUCACAGUUUUUCCCCCAAAUUUACCAUCUUCUCCAUCUUCCCUAGAGAAAAAUAGAAGAAGAGAAAGCCAGAUCUCUCCGAUCUUCUUCUUCACCUGCGAGAAAGCGAGGAAAACCGAGACCGGAGAGGCUGCGACGGACCAAAAACCCUCAACGUCGUUGGGGAGAGUGAGUGACGGAGCUUGGCAAGAGAUGGGAGAUAAUUGGGCAGUAAGGACAGAUGGUGAUGAACCACCAAGUUACUCGCCAAACUCUGAAUAUUUCGCAAUAAAGAUGCAUUACACUAUUGGUGAUGUUUGCAAGAUGGAUGGCCAUAGAUUAGCAGGAUAUAUUGACUAUUGUUGUGCAGAUAAGAUAUCUAAAUUAGAACUCAUUAGCAUGUCCAAGGAAUUAAAUUUAGAAGUGGAAGGUUGCAGUUUUUGGUGGCUUGAUCUGACAGGUGGAAAUACAGGUCUCACUGAAAUUAAAAAUGAUCAAGAUGUUCUAGCAAUAGCUUUGGGUGUGGGUUAUUCUAGGGUAGUAAAUGUGUAUGUUAAGGUGUCUAAAAGGGAUGAAGAUGCUAAUCUAGAAGGGACUUCACUAGGGAAAGAAAGUAAGGGACAAGAGGAGGAUGAAGAAAGUGAAUUGCAUUAUUUAGAGUAUAGUUUUCACAGUGGAGAGGAGGAACAAGCUGUGGAAGAAAGGAUGGCCAUUUCUGAAAUACCUCCACUAAAAGAAAUCAGAGGAGAAGGAAGUGUUGAUGAAGAUGUAAUACAAUCUGACUGUGCCUCAUCUGAAGAGUUUCAAUCAUGCUCAUCAACAGAUGAGGAAGAACUGGAUCCACUUAGACCUAGAUAUACAGAAUUUAAUGAAGAGCUUGAUAUGAAGGAUCCUCAUUUUAAAAUUGGAAUGAAAUUUAGAAGUUUUAAACAAUUCAAAGAGGCAGUGAAAAAUUAUGGUAUUAAGAACAAGUGUGUAAUGAAUUUCAAGCCUAACAACAAAAAGAGAUGCAAGGCUUUCUGUAAGCGAGGGUGUCCUUUCUAUCUAUGGGCUUCACCUAUGGUGAAUGACAAGAACACAGUGCAGAUUAAGUCAGGGGUACUCAAGCAUGAGUGUAUGAGGGACCAUAACAUUAGGCAUGUGAGUGCGGAAUGGAUAGCAAAAAACUAUCUUGAUCAAUUCAGGGCAGAUCCUUCAUGGAAGAUUGCUGGGAUUAUCCAAGCUGUGAGAACCAAUCAAGAUGCUAACAUAAGUAGACUGAAAGCCUGGAGAGCUAAGCGCAUUGCAGCAAGCCAUAUUUUACACACAACACAAGAUAAGAAUUGCUGGUCUAAGAGUGACCAAGCCCCAAUUAUUCCACUUGAGCCUGCAAACAAAAACAGAGGCAGGAAACCCUUGCUUAGGAGAAAGGAAGCAGAUGAGGAGAACACUGGUUUCAUAAAAGGAAAGGUUAGCAGGAGAGGGAUCAUAAUCACUUGUAGCAUUUGUGGGGCUCAAGGGCAUAACAAAAGAUACCAUGGACAACAGGGAAAGAAUCAAAAAAGGAAAACUGGACAGGCAGCUGGACGAUCUAGUGGGGCAGCCAUGGCUAAUGAGGAUGAUAGCAAUGACCAAGAUCCCAUGGACACAAUUGAUCCACAGGUUCAGCACAAUCAUUUUGCACAGGUACAUUUUCCAUGUAUAAACAAUGAAGAAGAUGAACUCAUAGCACAAGUGCAAAUUUCAGUUGACCCAAUGUCACGGCAUCAAGACAAAGCUAAAUUUGGCGCUAAUGAAUCUCUAAAGGGAAAACAUAUGCUUGUGGAGCCUCCUGUAAAGAAAAAGAGCUCAUUAAAGAAGAAGCCCUCUACACAAGUAAGAAUUCCUGUGUUGAGGUCUCAUGUGCAGGGCAGAAAUGUUGGUGAUAGGAAGGCUCCUGACAAAGAGGGGCUUACUGCAAAAAAAAGAAAAGUGUAGGUUCCUGCAGUACAUGGGGGGUUAAGUGGUUCUACUACCACAUAUGGAAGGAGUUCUUAAAGGAUGCACUACUGUAAUUUUUUUUUCUUUGGAGAGUUUUGGGAGCAUGCAGGAGACUAUACUGAAUGUGCUUUUUUCUUAAGUUGCCAGUGUAAAUGUGGAACUCUCUAUUAUGCUUAGCAGUAAAUUAUACAAUUUUUGUAAUCCUAUGCUGAAUGAACUAUAUUGAACAUGUCAAUGUGGAAAUCACUAUUAUGCUGAAUAUUUCACUUAGAAUUCCCUUUUUUCAAA